GCGCAACUGGCAAAAGUGGGAGUACAAUCCAGAUAGAGCGCCCAAGGAAGCGUUUGUGCCCAAACGCGUAAGGCGAACAAUCUAGAGAGAUCGACAAUGUACACCACUUGAGCAAAAACUUUGUUGUGAAAGAAAUGUGCGACAAUUGUAUUGUGCAAGAAUUCUGUGACAACGACAAUGAGGAGGAGGAAUCGAGUGACGUCGAUGACGAGAAGGAGGAAUCAAACGAUGACGAUGACAAGGAGGAGGAAUCAAACGACGAUGACAAGGAGGAGGAAUUGAGCGAGGAUGAGGAAUCAGAAGACACAGACUAUGAGGACAAUGAAGUAAAGGACGCGUCAGAAGUUGAUGUGGACAUGUUCACGAAGAGUCUAUCUGGAAAACUUUUAGGAGAAGCGAAGCAGAUAGUGGCACAAGAGGUGAGAAGAGGAUUGUACAACAAAUCAAGCAAGAGCGAGAAACCUCCUUACAACUUGGGAGAGCGCGGCAAAAACGUACGUGUGUACAACAAGAAAGCUAACUACCACGUGAACAUGAAGAAUGUCGAAGUAGUUCUCAAGAAAAAUUGCUGCAAGGCCAAAUGUUACAUGAAGUUCAUGGUAGAAGAUGUUUUCUACAAGCAAGAAAAAUUUUGGGCGAUGAAACAACCUAAGCAAGUCAACUUCCUUCUCGCAGAGAUGAGGGUUGCAUCGUAUUUAUCCGAUGAUGGAGAUUUACAGGUGUUAAAAGUGACAUUCAACGGCAUAAAGGUUUGCACAAAAGCGUGGGGAAAGUUGUACAGAUGCUCGACUACACGUGUUGCAAGGCUACGCAAAGACUUCAGAGAUGGACUAGUGUUGUACGAGCAUGCAAACAAAGUCUCAGUCGGAUUAUCUGCUUCAUCACAACAAAUUCUGGCCUGGUUGCAUGAAUAUUUUCGAUUUAACACUAAGAGUAUGCCGAAUAGCAACCAGUUUCAUCUUUCAGAUACUCUCCAACGAAGAGACGUGUAUGAUUUCUUCAAGCGAGACUGCAAAGCGCUUUACACGAAGAAGACUCUUCCUUCCCGUUCCAGAUUUAUGACGAUUUGGAGGGUUCACUGCCCCAAAGUUCUCAUUCCUGCAUUGAAGAGGUUCUCGGUUUGUUCCACAAGUCUGAAAUUCAAGACAGCAAUGUUCGGCAAGGCACUAGAGAAGCACCGGUUAAUGCAAGGAGAAGAGAGACAAAAACUUAGUAAGCAUCGCCACAAGGCUUCCAGCCGACCGACAGAGUACAUCGCAAUGAUCAUUGAUGGUAUGGAUCAGAGCAAGACCAUACUGCCACACUUCACAAGGAUUCCAAAGGAUUCGAAACUGAAAGAAGGGAACUUUGUGAAAGUUCACGUGGUCGGUGCCAAGGUGUUAGGAUUUUCAUCGUCUGCCUUUGCAACUGUGUUCUUUGACAACUUCAAAUCCGAUUCUAAUUGCAUGCUGAUUGUUCUUCAUCGGUGGAUUUCUCAACUUCCUAGACCAUUUUCAAAAGUCUUGUAUCUCACACUUGAUAACACUUCGAAAGAGAACAAGAACAACUUUGUGUUAGCGUAUCUUGUUUUCUUAGUAAAGAUGAGAGUGUUUAGUAAAGUUCAGUUAAACUUUCUUCUUGUGGGUCACACACACGAGGACAUCGAUCAGAUGUUCAACUGUUUCUCGAGAAAGCUGGCUGUACAUGAUGCGUUCGAUCUUCCUGAGUUGCAACACAUCAUUAGGGAGUCAUACAAGGUAGAACAAGAUCAUGGCGUUUACGUUGAGGAGAUGACGAAAACAAUGGAUUGGAAGUUGUACAUUCAGGAUCAUCUACAAAAUGUCAAUGAUAUUAGUUUCAAUCAACAUUUCCGAAUAAGGCGCAACGACGACGGAGAGGUGCGCAUUUGGAGCAAGCAAUAUCAUAAUUCGCAGUGGCAGCCGAACAAUAGAGAAGAUCUGAACAUCUUCAAGUCAGAGCCAACAGGACAAGUUCAAGCUUCGCCAAAACAUGCAAUCCGAUCUUUGGAAGCCAUAUUUCGGCUUACUUGUCGGGGUGAGGACAAGAGGCGUGACAAGGUCGGCAGCAACGAAGGUCAUGUUCGUAAUUGAGAAACAGGAGGGUCUUCGAAAUUUAAGGUUGAUGAUGAUGUAUUUUCCAUCGCAGCCUUGAAAGCCAACGUUCAAGGUUUGUCGAAUUAUGCUCAACCCCACAACAUGAGUGGCGGAAUAAGUUCAUAGCAACGCAGGAAACACUCGACCUUGAGGACAAAAGUCUCAAAGAGUUUUUCGUGUGACCCUCUAUCGAAGUUGAUGUCAGCAAACCAGGUAAAGAAGUUUCUUCAACCGCUGCUGGCUUCGAUCAACGUUGGGAUGAUCUUUUCCCUCCGGAGAGACCCGUCUACAUCGGUGCUCACAAGA